CAACGACUCCGCAGUUCACAGAGCCUCACAGACACUCGCUUGCAGGCCAAAUCGAUGUCGGCGUCAAUGGAUUCAUCCAAGUCUUUCCUCAAAUCGAACCCUCACCCUAAAUCAUUCGACCCCAGAAGCGAAAAACAGAGCAAGAAAACAGAGGAAUCAGAAAAACCCAAAAAACUCAGUAGGGAUGUGGUGGCGGUGGUGAAUAAGAAGAAGGAAGUUCAAAAUGGGUUGGUGGGUUUUGAGGAAAAGAAGAAGUUUGAUAGCGGGAGGAGGCUGUCGGUUUCGUCCGCCGCAAGCGGCGGCGGCGGCGGCGGAAGGAGGAAAUCCCUGUCUGGGUCGCAGGUGCAGUUGGCGGAUGUGUUAGCAAGUAAUGGGGUGAGAGUUGUUUCAGCUGAUAUGCCGCCGUUUAUGCAGAUCCAUGCUGUGGAGUGUGCAAGAAAGACGCAUGAUAGCCUGGAAAAAUUCACCUCCAAGACUCUUGCUUUGACUCUCAAAAAGGAAUUUGAUGGGGUAUAUGGGCCAGCAUGGCACUGCAUUGUAGGAACAAGUUUUGGGUCAUUUGUGACACACUCAGUAAGCGGGUUUCUGUAUUUCUCAAUGGAUCAAAAGUUGUACAUCCUCUUGUUUAAGACCACUGUACAAAGAGCAGACUGAAAAUUUGAUAAGUUUUAAUACUUUUUUUAGGGUAGGAAGAAGGUUCUGUGCAUUCUUCUUCUUUCCAGACUGUACAUUUGGUUAUGCAGGGAAAAUCAUGAGAGAGAGAAAUGGAAAUUUCUCCCCAUCUUUUUGUUCAUCGAGAGAUUUCUUCUGUUGUUCUCUCUUUGUAAAGAAGUUAAUAUAAAAUGCUGACGUGAUUUAA